AUGUUUCCACUAUUUACAUUGAUACUAGUCUCACAGUCUAUUCUUCCUCAACCAAUCUGGUGCAGAUUUGAAGAGCUUGCAACUGCUUCAACAGCAUCAUCACAAUAUAUUCCUCAAAAAGAUCUGGAAGAUGUUGAAACUACCUUAUCCCUUUACCCAGGAUCUGCUGGCAAGAGAUACCCAGAGGCCAGAAGAUUUCUUGGCAGAAAAAAUGGACAAAACAGUUGGCUUAAGCUAUAUGAGGGAGACAGCAGAGAACCACAUAGCUUUGAGUUCUUCCCUCUUUAUCCAGAGAAGUCACUGAGAGGAAAUUAUAAUAUAGACAUCCACAACUCUCCUGGAACAAUCAAAUUAGGUAAACACAUCAAUCAUCAAGAAGACCAGUUUGCAAUAGGUGCUAAAGAAGAUCUGGUCCUCAGUCUAGGGAUAACUCCACAAAGCAAAGAAUCACAGGGUUUCAAAAGACCUCUUCCUCCAAAUGAUGGACAUAGCAACUAUCUUCCAGUAGAUAAGAUGCACUUCAAGCUGGGGCCCAAUCAAGAAUUAGAGUCUGAGAAAGAGGCAAAUAGAUAUAAAGUACACAUUCAACAAAACAAAUCUGAGCUCAAAAAGCCUAAACUUGAAGCUGUCUCUGUGGAAAAUGAUCCCAUGGUUAUCAGCCAGUGGGAUUCAUAUACAGGGAUAGAUAGUCAUGGUGAUGGCAACACACACUACAACACCUUUGAGGCUCCACAUACAUCAAUAUUCCCAGGAAAUGAACCAAAUCACCCAGAGUUUUCAGAUCAAGGUUCUACCACAGAUGAUAUUCCUCAUGAAAUUGGCAAGUAUUCUCUAUUGAAUUUGACUACUUCACACAGCCCACCAAAUGAUGUGGAAUUGCAUGGUAGUGAGGUUGAACACUUUGAUGGAAUGAAUCUUUCUAACCCCUUUGGGACUCGAAAACUAAUUAUACCAGGAAUCACAUGGAACUUCAAACAUUUUCAACUGAUGCAACCAGAGUUACCAGAAUCAUAUAGGUUCCUCAAGGAAGUCAGUGGCCUCCAUUGUUAUUCAAUUCGAGCUCUCUCAAAUUAUCCUGAAUUAGUCUCCAAUCUUCAAAGCCUAAUCAAACAACAGCCUACAUCUAGCACUGGCACACCUGCCAUAAGAAACUUGGUAGUCCUUUUUGUAGGAUUAUGGAUGAGGCAGAGUAGAGUAGCUGAGAUCUAUGGUAUGCAACAUAGGACAUAUGAAUUACAAAUACUAAGUUUUGAAUCAUUGGCUUCUAUCAUUUAUCAUCCGGAAUUCCAAUCACACAAAUUUCAAAACACAAAGACUUCUAGACAUAGAAAUGAGUUCUACAGAAUUUUUGCUUUUGUUCAUAAUCCUUCCAGACAGACCAAAGGGAAAAGAUUAAUAUUCUAUAGUAUUCAAACCGCCGUAUUGAAAUUGUGGAACCACAUUCAACCUCAAGACAAAGUAUCCCUCUCAAAGGAAAAUGACAACAAAUUACAAGACAUCCUCCUAAAUGAAAAUGAUUAUGAUUUUUGA